CGCCGCAGCGAAUGGUCGCGCGGGGCGCCGCUCUGAGUGACCUUUCACCCGCGCCCAGCGGCCUCGGGCGGCAGCACAAGGCGGAAGCCAUGGCGGAGGCGGCGGGCGAGGCGGGCGCGAGGGAGCGGGACCCAGAUGCGGGACGCGCGCGCCGGCGGCUGCGGGUUCUGUCGGGCCAUCUGCUGGGCCGGCCCCAGGAGGUUCCGAGUACCAAUGAGUGCAAAGCGCGGAGAGCCGCGUCGGCGGCCGGGGCGUCGCCCGCCGCCACUCCCGCCGCGCCAGAGUCGGGCACCAUCCCCAAGAAACGGCAAGAAGUUAUGAAAUGGAAUGGAUGGGGCUAUAAUGAUUCCAAGUUCUUAUUCAAUAAGAAGGGCCAGGUUGAGCUGACUGGGAAAAGGUACCCUCUUAGUGGCUUGGCUUUACCAACUUUGAAAGACUGGAUCCAAAACACCCUUGGAGUAAAUCUGGAGCAUAAAACUACCUCUAAAACAUCCAUAAAUCCUAGUGAAGCACCUCCUUCUAUUGUGAAUGAAGAUUUCCUUCAGGAACUUAAAGAAGCUCAUAUUUCCUACUCACAGGAAGCAGAUGAUCGUGUGUUUAGAGCGCAUGGUCAUUGUCUUCAUGAAAUAUUUUUGCUCAGAGAAGGGAUGUUUGAGCGGAUUCCUGAUAUAGUUGUAUGGCCAACAUGUCAUGAUGAUGUAGUUAAGAUUGUGAAUCUAGCGUGCAAAUAUAACCUUUGUAUCAUACCAAUUGGUGGAGGAACAAGUGUGUCCUAUGGCUUGAUGUGUCCUGCAGAUGAGACAAGAACAAUAAUUUCUUUGGACACUUCACAAAUGAACCGGAUUCUCUGGGUUGAUGAGAACAAUCUGACAGCUCACGUAGAAGCUGGAAUAACAGGACAAGAUUUGGAAAGACAGCUUAAAGAAAGUGGUUAUUGUACAGGUCAUGAACCAGACUCCCUGGAAUUCAGCACUGUGGGAGGGUGGAUAUCUACUCGAGCGUCAGGAAUGAAGAAAAAUAUCUAUGGCAAUAUUGAAGACCUGGUGGUUCAUAUGAAAAUGGUAACACCUAGAGGUGUAAUAGAGAAAAGCUCCCAAGGACCUCGUAUGUCCACGGGCCCUGAUAUCCAUCACUUCAUCAUGGGAUCGGAAGGAACUCUUGGUGUAAUAACAGAAGCUACAAUAAAAAUCAGACCAACCCCUGAAUACCAAAAGUAUGGCUCGGUGGCUUUCCCUAAUUUUGAACAAGGUGUAGCCUGUUUAAGAGAAAUUGCAAAGCAGAGAUGUGCUCCCGCAUCUAUCCGCCUCAUGGACAACCAGCAGUUUCAGUUUGGUCAUGCUCUUAAACCUCAGGUCUCCUCUAUUUUUACAUCAUUUUUGGAUGGAUUAAAAAAGUUUUAUAUUACAAAGUUUAAAGGAUUUGAUCCAAAUCAAAUAAGUGUAGCCACAUUACUGUUCGAAGGAGACCGUGAGAAGGUUCUUCAGCACGAAAAACAAGUGUAUGACAUCGCAGCAAAAUUUGGUGGUCUGGCAGCUGGAGAAGAUAAUGGACAGAGGGGUUAUUUGCUGACUUACGUCAUUGCAUACAUGCGUGAUUUGGGUUUGGAAUACUAUGUAAUGGGAGAAUCUUUUGAAACUUCUGCUCCUUGGGACAGGGUUAUAGAUCUGUGUAGAAAUGUUAAAGAGAGGAUAAGAAGGGAAUGCAAAGAAAGGGGAGUUCAGUUUGCACCUCUUUCUACAUGCAGGGUGACACAGACUUACGAUGCAGGUGCAUGUAUCUACUUCUAUUUUGCCUUUAACUACAGGGGAAUUAGUGACCCACUGACUGUGUUUGAACAGACUGAGGCAGCUGCUAGAGAUGAAAUCCUUGCCAACGGAGGGAGCCUGUCACAUCAUCAUGGAGUGGGCAAGUUACGAAAGCAGUGGCUAAAGGAGAGCAUCUCUGAUGUCGGCUUUGGAAUGCUAAAGUCUGUCAAAGAAUAUGUGGACCCCAGUAACAUCUUUGGAAACAGAAACCUUUUAUAACUCCAUUAAUAUCAUUAUGAAAAAUGUUACCUUUUAAAAGUCAUCAGCUAUGGUUAUACCAGUAAUCGAAUAUAUCAUGGGACUGUAUUUCAGUUACAUUUGUUUGUUGGUUUAAAAUGAGUUGGUUUUUGUUCUAUGCUUUGUUUCUAUAUCUAUAGAUUGACAGAUGGCGUUCCUGGGUCUCAUUGUAGGUGUACCAGUUUAUAGCCAACUAACUGGUUGUCAUUUCAGAUUUUAGGCAGCACAAGGCUGCCCAUUAUCUGAGGUGUAUGCUGCCAGCUGUUUUACAUGCUCCUCCUCUAGGUGAGCUGAGGCAGAUGGUGUCAUCCGUUACUCGUCUAGCCUCUCUUCUGUCUUGUCCUUUCUUAAACAUUUCUCUACAGCAGAUAAUCUAGCAAAGAUUCUGCUGGUGAGAGAUAUUUGUUUAUGUUGUUAAAAGCAUACUUUGCUGUGAGUAGGUCAUUGGGGAGGACAUUCACGACAGAGCUGGUAGUCUGUUACUAGCAUGCCUUCAUCUGUAUAAGGUGCUCAGCCUAAGCUUUGCUUGAAGUGCAUACAUGUUACAAACUUAAAUUGCCAACAUAUAAAUUACUCUGUGAGCAGGCACAUUUUUGUCCUCCGUGUCUGUUUCUAGGAGGGUGUGAGCUGUAUUUGUAUCACUGACGUGUCACCUAUAGCUGUGUCCUGGAUCAUUCAUAAUGUGCUUUGUAAGAACAGCUGACUUAUUACACGUGAAGGGCAGGUUGUACCAUGAAGUGAAGGCCAUUGUCCAUCCUCCAGCCCUCAGGUUUCUUCUGUCCCAUGCUUGUUAGCUGCACAAGCAGCUGCAGCAUGAACAAAAGAAAGGCUCCUGAACCUGCUGUCUCCAGUUUAAAGAAUUAUAUUUGGCUAAAGAAAUAGUCAUUAGUUGACUCUUGGAUUUGAAAGCCUCAAUAAUUUCAAUGACAACAAUCUUUUUUUCUAAUUAGCCACAAGCCUGAUAAAUUUUCAUGGAAAAAUAGUUUCAGUUUAAUUCUUAAUAAUAGUUUAGUGCUUUUUGAAUUACUGGUUUAACCUAAAUUUUAAAAAAAUGUAUUACUGCAUAUGCCAUAAUCACAAGUUUGAAAUAUCCUAUUUCUUAAAUAAAAAGGAGAACAUUAAUCAUAUUUAGCAGACAUUUUUACAUUCAAAACUGGAUAUUGAAAUAAGUGGAACAAUUGCUUUAAAUCACUGUCUGUUGAGGUUCCUGAUUCACAUUUUGAAAUGGGUUCUUUUCUUAAUGCAAUACCUAACUUUUGAUAAUUUUUUAAAAUUAAUAUUUAAUCAGAUAAUGUAAGUCAAAAUACAGACGAUCCUUUAAAAGGACACACUGUCUGUCUAUGUAGCAACAGCUCCAGAUAUGUCGGGGCAGUUUGAUACCUUUUAUAUCUUAAAUAGCCUUAAACAGAACAGUGAAAAUUUAAAAUUGACAAAAUAUUUUUAAGACUUCAAAAUGGUAAAUAAUUUUUAACUAUUAUAAUUGGCCUCAAACUAACAAAUUUAAAUCUGUAGGAAAAUCAAUAUUAAGUAUUAGGUUAACAACAAAAACUCAAUAUUUAUUUUUUGGAAGCUGCCUUUUUAUUGAUGAUUUAUUUUUAAUUAUAAAAUUUACAUCAGAUCUUUGAUUAAAAACUUUGAUGGUUUGAAAUAGCCAGACACUCAAGGAAAUUGCCUCUAGAGUUAUUAGAUUCUUUACAAAAUGCAUCGUCACGAAGGUGAUUCUCUAGUUGGUAAUUGGAGUGUAACAUUUAGUAAGAUUCCAACAUCUCACUGGAAGUGUCUACAGAUUUCCAAGUAGUUACUUUAAUAAUUUCAUUAGCAGGUCCAGUUCCUUGCAUGUGAUUGUUAAAACGUUUUUCUCAAGGAGUUCAGAUUUUCAGCAGUCUGUACUGUAAUUGUGACUAACACCUGAAGUUGCUGGGUUGGUUCCCUGUACUAUAUGAGCUUUAUGGCAGUUGGCAGUUUAUGUCUUUGCUUCCCUUUUCUGUGUAUGGAGGCCUCACCAACCUUGCUUCUGUAACAGUUACUACAUUUUGUAUUUUAAAUAAUUUCUACAGGGAUCAUUUUGGAACACAAAAAUGUUCAUUGGUAGUAUUUCACUCUGACUGUAAAUCAGGAAGCCUUCCCACCCACUUCUGGGAGGUGCCUCAAUGUAGACUGUGUCUGCGGAGGAACCUGAGUUCAUGAAUAUGCACAAAGCACUUAAACCUUGUCUCUUCUUUCAGAAGUGUCUGCACAUGGCUUCAUGAAGCUAAGCCCAGGAAAAUAUUGUUAUCUCAAGCAUCUUAACUCAUAGAUUAGUUUCUUUAAAAGAUGUAGCCUGUUUGAUAUCAGAAGCCCAUCACACUGACUUGCCCUUCUUAAGUUAGUCAUUUGUGUAAUAUUUUGCUUAAAUAUGAUGACGUCACAUGCAGGUUGGGCUUUCAGUAGGAAUGGGAACUUGCUGCUAAUGAGAAAUGGAGUCAGAUACUAAAGACUCCACAGACAGACAGGCUGUGUCGACCGUGGAGAAGCUGCUGCGCCCGUGUGUGGUGCGAUGUGUAGAGCUGCGUAAGUGAAUUGAGUCUUAUGCUGUUGUCCUUGAGCCUCUCAGUUAGCUGAAGUGUGGAGACCACAUUUCUUGUAUCCAGCAUUUUAUCAAAGAAUAAAGGAUUAAACUAUGCUCUUUUUAGAAAUGGUAGGUUGUUACUCAAAAUGCUUACAUAUAAUAGGAUUAUUGACCUGAGGUUAUUUAUGAAUCUGGAAGCCUUCUAGUAUGCAUAUUUGUGUUGUUGGUGUAUUUUGGAAAACAAAAACUCAAUAAAAAACAAGCUUCCAUUGGUGUGUAUAUUAUAUCAGAUAUAAACACAUAUAAGAACCCUCCCUUUUCCCCUUCCAGAAUACUGUUACAGUCCUAGUUUGCAUAUUUGACAGUUCUUUGUCACACUCUUUCAUACCAGCAGCUUCUAAGUGUAACUAAUCAGAGGAACUCUGACGUCCUAACCUGAAGUGUCUUGCUCCGAAUGGGGCCAGCUCUGGUAGCACUGUCAGAACACAGUGAUGCAUAGGGGUUUCCUCACACCAUGCAGUCACACUUGAGGCGGCCUCGGAUGCUGUCUGUGGAAGGUGUAUCUCCAGUGUGAGGAGCAUGAAACACGGGGUCAAUAGUUUUAGUAAUUUUGAGGUUUUUUUUUUCUGCCACUUAAUCUUAAGUGAUUUUGAUUUUAACAGAGGCUCAGCUUUUAACAGGAGAAAAGCAGGGAGCACAGCAGGUGCAGAGUAGGACUAAAGAGCUUUCUGCCUUUGUCAGUUGUGGAGGCUUGGCUUGGCUUGGCUCAGGGCUUCAUGUUCCAUUCUGAGCCAUCUGCCUACAGAUUCAUUUAAUUCUUACUAAUUUCCUGUUAAUGAAGAAAGUCCUGAAAGUAUAAAAGGUUUUCUUAAACUGUUGAAGUAUGUGUCUGACAUGAAGGAUGUAACCCAGCUUUCUGUUCCUUAAGCCAAAUAGUGUUCGUCUUCAGUGUGAAACUUAACUGUAAAAACUGCUUGUAUAAUGUCAAGAGAUUAUAGAAACAUUAUUAAUAAAAUGGACAUGAGCCUAUGAUUUUUUUUAAAUCAAAGGAAGUGUGGAGCUGUUUUUCUUCUGUAUACAUAUGUUUUCAACUUUACUUUUUUACUCUGUAUUUCCACAGAUUUGAAAGUAGAAAAUAAUUUUUUAUAAGUCUGCUAAUGUAGCAUUAUCUAGACAACCUAACUAUGACUAAAUCCCUUUGGCUUCACAGCUGAACAUAGCAUAAGCUAGGUUGCAUCAGUCUCUGGUUAUUUUUAAAUCAAGACUAAACUCCUAGGUGGUGUUGAGUCUGUGAUUCUGAAGCAUUCUCUUUCAAACCUGGAGCAUCCCAGUGAACAGUCGGCCCCUUAUGGAGGGAGGAAAGCUCACAGGUGGGUACCACACCUGAGCCAAAGAACCCUCACAGAAUUACGCCUAGUUCUGUGAGUAUGAAAAGACUGCCUCCCCCAAAGAAUACUGUUUUAUUUUUAAAGAUAAAAUAAUACAUUUGAUGAAAUGCUUUUUUAGAUACUAGAGGUUUACUUCCUGAGAGCAAGGAAAUAGGAGAAAGAAAUCUUGAGCGUAGAUUGCUCGGUCACCUAUGCCAUAUGGAAAACAGCCGACGUUUGUACUGUUCCUCAGCAGCACAGCAUUCGUCCUGUGAAACACCUCUAUGCCCUUGACUGUACACAGAGGUCCUGGAAUCCUGUAUCAGUGUAGUUUCAAUAAAUAGUGAUUUAUUGAGUGAUGACUUAAACACCAUGCUCUAAAAGUUCACAGUGCCUUGUUGGGAUUUUUCUCUUUUUCCAUGAAACAAUUUAAAAUGAGAGAAGGCACAUCUGUAAAGACAGAUGGUUUCAUAACUCAAGAUUCUUCCUCUUCAAGACACAGCAGAAUUUGGUAACUGUAUGCAGAAACACUGUUCAGUGUUGGCUUAGGUUAUCUGUGUUCAGUUACAUGCUGAAGCAUUGAUUAGACUCGAACAUCUAAUCAGUCUUGGUUAUGUGUCUACUUUUCAUUUCUACUGUUCCAACCCAGUAGUCCUGAGAUGUGGGUUAGCAAGUGCAGAUACUUGUCAAGUCCUGAGACACCCACUAUAUGCUUUUGGCUUUGCUCACUCAGCUCCCUAAGGAGUAAAGCCUGGAGACAGGGUUUCUAGUCCUUAUGCUAUGUGUCCGUCUUUUUUGUGUGUGAUUGUGCCUUCAGAAUAAUGAGCAUUUUAUUCCUGGACAGCAACAAAUCCAGUGAGAAGUAGGUGUGUUCUAUACAGCUUUGUUCUUUUGUUUGUUUGUUUGUUUGUUUUUUACUAGGCCUGUGAAAUACUUUGCUCUGAUACAUCUUGACUUGAAUAUUACCUUAUCCUGAGUCUUCCUCCAUGGCAGUAUAUGUUCUGCCGGUACUGUAGUAGUCUUUUGGGAAUUACAUGUGGGAAAAAUGUGUAUGUAAGCUAUUAUACUGUUGUAACUAGUGAAUAGGAAACAAUUCUUCCCUUAACACUUACAGUCUAAAAGUGGAUAUGUGGUGGGAGGUGGCAUCCCUGAGAGGUUCUAGUACAGCCUGUCAAGUUCACUGAGCCAUACCAUUUGUUUCACAAGGGCUCAAUGCAAAGUCUGGAUACCAUGCUCUUAGUGUAUGUUCAGAAUUUCUUCCCACUGGUUUUCUUAGUCUUGUUCUAAAACAAAAAUGCCCAUGUGUAAUUUUUAAAGAUGUGCUGGGAACAAAUAAAUCAUUCCUAAAACCAA